AUGACAUCCGCCCGGCCCCCCAUUGUUCAGGCCUUCUCAGGUGCACUCGCGAGUGCGUCGGCCAACGCCAUAACGUAUCCUCUUGAUUUAGUCGCGACGCGCGUGCAAACCACUAGGAACCCGCACCUCAAGGGUAUGUCUCGUGCCCUCAGAGUGCUGACACACGUCAUCAAGACGCAAGGGCUCUCCGGGCUGUAUGACGGCCUGUCCACCGACACUGCGUCAACAAUACUUUCAAAUUUCCUGUACUUCUACUUCUACACCGUUUUGCACGCGCUUGUCGCGCGUCGGCGAGUAUCGCGCGAUUCUACUCCACUACUCGCUACGCUCCAGAAGGCUAUCACCUCGUCCACCGCUCCCGUACUACUCGGAGUGCCAACAGAACUCGCAGUCGGCUUCGUCGCUGGCGUCGCGAGCCGAGCCGUGUCGACGCCCCUCAGCGUGCUUACCGUCCGUCUCCAGAGCAGCUCCGACGACAGCGAAGAUGAAGACGAGGAACCAGUGACUGUCGACGGUUCGGAGAAGCGUACAGGACGUCUCGGCCUGCACGAAGUAGCGCGGGGCAUCUACUCCGAACAAGGCCUCGCGGGUUUCUGGGCGGGCUUCGCCCCUACCCUCCCGCUGUGUCUCACCCCCGCGCUCACUCUACUGCUCUACCAACUCCUCCGCCGUCUCCGUCUCCCAUUCACCUCCGCGGGAAACAACCAGUCUCUGAGAGCCUUUCUAGACGGCGCAUGCGCGAACGCGCUCGCGCUGGCCGCACUGUACCCGCUCGUCCUCGCGAAGGUGCGCGUGCAGGCGUGGCGCCGCGCUGGAGGUUCGGGCACCGUGGGCAGCGCGCCGACAAUGCUGGAUGUAUGGCGCGCGGCGUGUGCGGACCCGGGGCGCGGCUGGCACGGCUUGUAUGAUGGGCUCGGGGCACAGCUCGUGAAGGGAUUUGUGUGUCAGGGCGUGACAAUGAUGGUGAAGCAGAGGUGA